GCGUCACGUUGUUUUCUUGCGCAACAGUCGUCCAAAAACCAAAACAACACAGAAGCAAAGAAGAGAGAGAUGGCGCUGCUUCGAUCUGCUGCGGCCGCAGCUGGUGCUGUGGCUGCUGCUGCUGCUUGUGUUCGCCCUGUCACUGUGGCGGCAAGGCGGACGGCGAUGACCCGUGCGCUUGUGCUGAACAAGGUGGAUGACCUCGAGCUCCGCGAGAUUGAUGUGGACGAGCCCUUCACCGACGAUGAUGUCCGCAUCGACAUUCACAAAGUCGGCAUCUGCGGCUCCGACAUCCACUACUACGAGCAUGGAAGCAUCCCACCAUUCUAUGUGAACGAGCCCAUGAUCCUCGGCCACGAGGCAUCUGGCAUCGUCACGGAGGUUGGCAAGAACGUCACACACCUUAAGGUUGGAGAUCGCGUGUGCAUGGAGCCGGGUGUGCCUGAUUUCCGCAGCGAUAUCACGCUUGCUGGCAAGUACAACCUGGAUCCCAACGUCCGCUUCUGGGCCACCCCACCCGCAGACUACGCCACCCAAAUCAACGGAGCAGGGUCACCGUGGAAGGCUGGGCACGGCUGCCUCCGCCCGUCCGUGGUGCAUCCUGGCGCAUUCACGUUCAAGCUCCCCGACAAUGUCCCGCUGGAGGUUGGUGCGUUGGUGGAGCCCCUCUCCGUCGGCAUGCACGCCGCUACCAAGGCCCAGAUCCGCCCAGGCGCAACGGCUGCUGUGCUCGGUGCGGGCCCCAUUGGAAUGGUGACGGUCCUGUCUGCGCUCGCUGCGGGCUGCUCGCGUGUUCUUGUCUCCGACCUCUCCCCUGCAAAGCUGAGCAUUGCGGAGUCGCUCGCCCCAGGCAAGGUGAAGGCAUUUCCUGCUGCUGGCGGCAGCGAGAUUGAUGAGAUGAAGGCGCAUCUUGGUGGGAAGGGCGCCGAUGUCGUCUUUGAAUGCGCCGGUCACCACGACGUCGCAGCAAACGCCGUCAAGCUUGCUGGUAUUGGGGGUCGUGUGAUCCUGAUUGGAUGCGCAGCGCAACCCGUCCCGCUCGACGUCGGCCUCAUGCUCACGAAAGAGCUGACGAUGAUGGGCAUCUUCCGGUAUGCGGGGGUGUACCCGGCAGCCAUCAAUCUCCUGAGUUCCGGCGCAAUCGACCUCACGCCAAUCAUCUCAAAGCACUGGACGUUUGAUCAGUCUGUUGAGGCGUUUGACUUUGCGCGCAACGCUCCCCCAGAUGUCGUCAAGAACGUCAUCCACGUCCGCAACGACGCCGAGUAAUGUGAUUGCACGAGGUGCAUCGAUACGCUUGCUCGCGACACCCGUCUCGCCUGCAGUGUGUGUGCUGCGCGUACGUGUAUGCAUGCUCGCAGUUGUUGCGUGCACAUGUUUGUCCGGUGAUCCCCCUCCCCCUUGUCGCUGCACGCUUCUGUUUCUUCUGCCCACUGUUCUCUUAUCUUGCGGUUUAUGUCGUGCGUUAUCAUCAUCAUCAUGAACUUCACACCAACGAGCAACGGCCGAAACAGGGCAGAGAACA